AUGAAUUACUACUGCUGCACCUGCCCCGCCUGGCGCAACCAGUCCGCCCACCCCGUCUCCGCUUGCACCUGCAAACACCUCUGCUCCCUCCUCGGCGACGCCUACGAAGAAUCUCGCCUCAAACUCAAGAACCCUAACGACCCAGCCGUUCCCACCACAACCACCUAA